UGGGUUCCCCUUGACUAAGUUGGACCAUUUUGGUCUUUAGUAGCCUCACCCGUGAGGCCUUGUUUUCACAUUAUCCUCCCAAAGCCUCUCGGCACCCUGGAUCCUUCCAUGGGUUCUCAAGGGAGCUCCACCGUGCAGGAGUGCGCGCACAGCCGCCUCAAGGAGCUGGGCAAGAUGGUAUUUGGAGUCCAGGACAUUGUAUUGUUAGAACAUGGAUGCCAGGCCUUGGAGGUAGACAGUUACAAGUCCCUGAUGGUCCUGGGGAUCCCAGAAGACUGUAGCCACCAGGAAUUUGAAGUCAUCAUAUGGGACCCCCUGAAACCACUAGGCAAGUUCAAAGUGGCUGGGAAGGCCUUUCUCGAGGAAGAUAGAUCCAAGGCAGCUGUUAUUAGGUUGGCAGAGGACCUCAGUUACGACGUGGUUCCCAGGGAGAUCAAGGGUAAGGGCGGUAUGUGGAGAGUGAUCUACAUGCCCAAAUGGCAGGGCGUCGGAUUCCUCAGCAAGCUCAAUUUGUUCCUGCGGAGAGAGGGCAGGACGGGAGAGGGCGUGGCCCUCGUCCUCUGGUGGGAGCUGGGUCCCACCAUAAUGGGUCCUGGAGAGCUGCCUUCCAGGAAGUGCUGCCCGUCUCCGCAGGGGGAGCAUGCAGACCAGGGGGCCGCCACCAAGGGGCAUGGGAUGCCCCCUCUCGAGGACCCAGAGAAAGAGGGCAAGAAGAAAAACAAGAAAAGUCGGCGCCGACAGCAGGCUUCUGAGAAGCUGUGAGGUGGUGUUA